AUGGCGUUCCAAAAACUCAAGAAGAGACUCCUCAAGAAAAAGUCUCCAAGAACCAACAAUGGUGUUGAUCUGAAAUCAUCUGCUGACGACUCGCAACGUACAUGUCGAACUAUGGUUUCUGACUCGCCACCUUCCAGCAGAACAGUGCUGGAAAGCACACCCGAACUAGUACAGCCAGCUAUGUAUGGCUACGAAGAUGCGGCACCAGAUGCAGCUGCUAAGAGCCUAUCCCUAGAUCCCUAUGGAUACGAAGUGCACGAUCCAUCACCAGUGGCGGCUCGACCAAGACGAUCCUCUAUGAAGGGAUUGGAUCCUACCCGACCUCCACGAAGGCGCCACUCCAUCUCCUUUGAGAAAGAGGUGAAAGUAAACAAAGUCGUUCCAAUCGCGACCAUGGUAAAAGACAAAGGAGACAUGUGGUUGCAAGGCCAAGACUAUUCCAGAAUUGCCAACAAGGUCAACAGGAUUGUAGAACGAUCUGCUAGUGGAAAGGGUGACAAAUUUUGUGUUCGUGGUUUGGAACACAUGAUUGAAAGAAGGGCAGGAAAGGAAGAUGAGCCGCGAACUGAGGCGUGGGAUACUGUCUUGGACGAACAACAUACUCAGUGCGUAACAGGAAACUACAGCGAAGAAACUUUGUCUCAGAAAUACAUUUUGUGCUCGAAACAAAGCCGAAUGGAAGCGAAGCUACGUGCCUUGCAAGAUGAGCAAGAGGUAUCUCGAUACUUGGAGGAAACCAGACAUUACUGUCGACGGAUGUCAAUGUGA